GUAAGAGUAGGAUGCAUGCCAAUCCCUUCGCAUGCCUUCCUCUUCCAACGGGUGCUGCCUCCAGCUUUUCCUUGCUACUCGCUCCAGAGUCGUCAGCUUUGCACACCCGCCAGAAUCGGCGGAGGUGAUGCCAGUUUCAAUGUGGACACUGCGGGAUGGGGACAGCGUGUGGGCAGUGUUCAAGUCACACGAAGAGGCAUGUCGAGCGUUGUCGUUGUCGAGCGCUGUGCCGGCCCUCGACGUCGACCUCGAGCCAUUCAACAAGCUCCGCAGAUUCCAUUUCAAGACCCAGGCGCUCGUCCCGCCACCACCACCACCACCACCAUCAGCCAUGCUUGAAUAUGUGCCCAAUGACUAUACCCUUUCUUCCAACCCACCCAAUCCACGUACCAGCUUCAGACUUGGCGAUUGGAUCUGCAGUACCCCGAAAUGUGCCGCACAUAAUUUUGGACGCAACUUGGCUUGUAUCGGCUGUGGCUGCCCUCGCUCCAGCCCAGCCCCGCUCUACCAAGCACCUCUGCCCCCGCCGACCCCGACAUUGCCUUCUCCUCGCUUCCAGCCACCGCCACCAGUGUCCCCAGCUUAUUCGCCCCAGUCUCCAGCCUUUCCACCGUCUCCAGCGCCCGCAAAGUCUGUACAUCCCUUGCUCACACCCUCUGGACGCGCCUUUGCCGUCGGUGGCAAGGUCCAAAAUAUCUCCAGCGACCCUCUGUCCCCGUGCAUCAUGUACUGGCCUGACAAUGAACCCUUUCCAGAGCAAGGUCAGAUCCGACCCAGCGCUCUCGUAGGCAUUCCACAGCCACCCAUCCUGAACACCGGGAACCGAGGACCCAUCUCUCACCAACCCGGCGAUUGGAUUUGUCAAAAAUGCAACUAUCUCAACUGGAGACGCAGAAAAGUUUGCCAGACGUGUCUUCCCUACGCCGAAGGAAAUGGCGAUUCCAUUUCUGCAGCCGUCCAGGCCGAGCGAAUCGCCCUUCUCACUUCUGUUCUCGCACAGACACACGACCCUAUCCCUGUCCGCUCUCAUUCACUCACUCCCCCCCAGGCCCACCGACCGUUCAUCAAUACCUCACCGCCACAACACUCGCGUGGCCACGUUCAUCGCUCCCACAGCCAGUUUGAACUCGGCACCCAGUACAAUACAUAUCCCAUCUACCAGACUUCUGGUCAUCGCGAGCUCCAUGCUCCUGCACCCCUGCUCCCGUCCUUCCUCCAGGAUAUCGUCCAGAGCCCCAUGCUCUCCCCCGUCUCAACCUCUUCUGCAGAUCUCAGCUUUGACGAAUACGAGGAGCGCAUAAGUCUCCCCACUAACAAUAUCUGGCGCAUGGACGGCGAAGAAACAAAGUCCCUUGCAGCAUUCGGCGCAAGCCGCAAAAGUAGCCUUGAAAAUAUCGUACUCUAAUCUCGUUAUAUCCAUUAAUUUAUCUUGGACUUGGCCGGACUGUCGGUUGGAACAUUGUGAUUCUUGGGAAACGCGUAAAUGUAUCAGACUUAAUCUUCCCCACCCCUUUUUUUUGCCCUUUUUUUUUUGAAAACUCUGGAUUGCAAUCGUCGUAUAUAUAUACUUUUAUGUAUCACAGAUAUCUCUAUCUUGGAACAAAUAGCAUGUGCUUGUUAGAUUCGAUCA